AUGUCGAGCAGUCGUGGCUUGGAUGACUCGGCCGCGGGGGGCAAUGCGUCGGAUUCUGAUUCUGAUUAUGAGGAGCUCCAAGAUGAUAUCGCCAAAUUUGAUCAGUCAGUAAGAGAGUUCUUGCAUUCUCACCAAGAACGGAAUGACGCACCGUUUCCAACGCGUGGCGUGGCUAGGGGACGAGGCUCUCGAGGAGCUCGAGGCCCUCGCAAAGCCGCCAAACCUCGAGGAGACAUUACGGCAAGGUUGGCCAAAGUCAACCAGGCAUUUCUUCUUGGAGAUUACUCAAGAGCUUUGGACCUCGUCUCGGAAGUAAUUAGAAUCAAUGCUGAAACACACCAAGCCUGGACAGCGUUGUCGUCCAUCUUCCGCGAGCAAGGCGAGCAUGCCAGGGCAUUAUCUGCCAUGGUAUAUGCUGCUCACCUUCGACCCAAGGAUGUUACUGCGUGGCUUGACUGUGCAUCCUUUGCGCUCAACAUUGUAUCUGAAGAUGAGGCGAGCAAUCUCCAUACGGCACGGUUGUGCUACUCUGCUGCCCUGAGAGCAGACCCCACGAACCUCGCUGCUAGGCUGGGCAAAGCUACUGUUUGUCACCAACAAGGCCAUCUAGCUGCUGCGAUAGCAGAGUAUAACAUUGUCCUCAAACACCAUCCGUAUGAUCUCGAGAUCGUACGGAAACUGGCAGAAGCUUGCAUUGAUAAUAAGAAUACUGAGGCCGCUGUCCCUUCCGCUAUCAUGGCAUAUCGACGUUAUUUUGACUAUGAAAUUGAGAACACACCACUUCACGGGUCAAGCGCUCCGUGGCAUGAUAUCGGAAUCUAUGUGGAGCUCAUCGCCUCAACUGGUGCAUAUGCUGAAGCCAUUUACGAACUGAAAGCGUUGUCCAGAUGGCUCGUGGGCCGUGUUCAGGAGCAAUACUGGGAUCAAUGGCAAGCCGACGACUGCGAAUGGGACGAGAACGACGAGCGUAGAAGUCAUGUACCUCAUUUCCAUGACUCGAUGUUUGACCCCGAGCUUUACGGCCCCUCCCUACCCCUGGAUUUCAGAGCUCGACUGGCAGUGUAUAGGCUCAGACUAGGAGAAGAAGAAGAGGCUUUUAGACAUUUGAGCUGGCUGGAUCCAGAUAACCCACGUACAUUUGAUUUCAUCACAGAAUUCCCUUUCAUUUCAUAUGACCUUGCAAGCGAGAUCGCCAAGUAUGGCCAGCCGCAGAGAGCCAUCCGAUAUCUCGAGUUACUUCGGGCCUCCAGCGAAGAAGCAGAUGCUACACUCCUGGUUCAAUUAGGCCGUUGCUAUCUAGCUACUGGACAGCAAUCCACAGCAGAGGAGUGUUUUCACGCGGCUAUCGAUGCUGACGAGUAUAACAUCGAUGCCCGUAUCGAAUUGGCAAACAUGUAUGAGAAAGCUAGAGAAGAUGAAGAGGCCCUCAUUCUCGCUGCGGAAGCGAUGGCACUCAAGGAAGCCCAAGGGCAGCCCCCGGGCGAGGCUUCGACAAAGGAGCAACUCCAUACAUUUUCAAUAUCAGAUCGUGGUAUACGGCGCAUGGCAGCUGCCCAACCACGAGCAGGCCCUAAACAGGCUAAACCGAAGCCCGCUCAGACGGCCCGUAUCCUGCCCAGGAGAUACCGUGCAAAACGAUUUGCGAAUCCUGAUAAACGCCAUCAAGACGAACGUUCACGCGCUAUUAAACUCUCCCGGCAGUAUGAGCUUGUUCGUGGUCUUAAGCAGCAGAUCAAAUCUGGCUCCAAUGAUCUCAUCCCAAUCUGGAUGGAAUCUUGCAAGGAGCUCGUCGACGAUUUUCGAUCUCUCAAGAGAUUCUACACGUGGGAUAAAUACCUUCAUUUUCUUGGGAAGAAGGAGCUACUUGAACAAUUCGCAAACGAAGAAACAAACACUGAAUUGUCACAGAUGCUUGAGCGCCUCAAGCGAUCUCUGGCUCCUCAACCAGACAGCUUACCAGGGCCGGCGUUCGAUAAUCAUCAAGGAAUAUCAUUCGAUGACUGGCUCGAUUUAUUUCUCGAUUAUGCCAUUGGAUUGUCCCUUGCACAUCGUCGCGAGGAAGCAUACCAGGUAUGCGAGUCCGCAAGGGACUCAACUGUGUUUCAAUCAGCCCACCACAAUUUCGCCAUUCAUAUGGCUUGGAGCGUGUGCGCUAUUAAUACAAAUGACGAAGAGAAGUGUAUUACGGUAGCACGUCACUUGAUGAGAGACGGAGGAAUAUCUGACUCUUCGCGGAUGUUUGCACUGCUGUCCAGGUUGUGCCAGUCACCUGUUUCAUGGUACACUUCUGGACCAGCCCAAAAGUUUAUCUUGAGACAGAUUAAAGCAAUCGACAUGAGCUAUGAGGCCACAACGAAGAAUGCUGGGAAUAACGACCUCGACCAAGAUGCGACGGCUGCUGCGAAGAUGAACAUGGACAUAUGCCUCUUGAUGCUUUACGGCCAUAUUCUUUUCACUUCUACGAGUUACACGUAUGCGAUAGGAUAUUUUCUGCGUGCGUGGUCACUUGACCAUGAGAAUGCCAUGGUCAACUUGAGCCUGGGCCUUGCAUAUGUCCACUAUGGCCUUAAGCGACAGUCAACCAACCGCCAAUACCUGCUCCUACAAGGACAAGCUUUCAUAAGCCACUAUGUGCAAUCUGGAGGAGAUGAACCACAACUCCAAGCCGAGAGAUUUUACAAUGUGGGGAGGCUCUUUCAGCUGCUUGGUAUUGGCUACCUCAGCCUGCAGUACUAUACGAAGGCAUUGGAAGCAAACAAGUUGGCAGGUGGAAAGAAGCUUUUGAAGGAUAUAAUCUUCGUCAACGAAACCAUAUCCUUGCUAUCAACUAACCAUAAGAGCCUAGCACAUGAAUUGCUAGUAAAAAACCUGAAGCUGUAA